AUGUAUUACGACCAAGAACAAAAGCUCACCGAAGCCCAAAAGAGAAAAAAACAACAAAAGAAGCCAACCCUAAUGUUUUUGCUCUUAGCCGCUGGAGCAGCUUAUCUGUUUUUAGUCUAUUUGCCCCAAGAAAAACAAAAAAAACAAUUAGAAGCCCAAAUUCAAGCUGAUAUUGAUAAACUUCAAACUGCACAACCUAAUGAUUAUGUUUCUCUAUUAACCACUCUCCAAGUUGAGCAAAUAAGGCAUAGUCAAGAAUUAGUAGACAAAAGCAAAAGAGACUAUGAAGAAACAAUGAGAAUAGAAGAAGAAAAAAGAAAAACAUUAAAACUUCAUUGGCAAAGAAAGCCAGGAAUUGCUUUACUUAAAGAUAGUGAAGAACUUUUUUUUACCAACAAAAAAAUCUUAGAAUGGGAAAGAAAAAUCUUGAUUAAUCCAACUCGAGGAGAUGUCGAUCCUACUAGCGGAAAAGACAAUAAUGCUUUGUUCUAUGGUGCUCCUGGAACUGGUAAAACUUCUAUCACCAAGCGGAUAUGUCUUAAAAUUAACCAGUAUCCUAUGAUUGAGCUUAAAGUUGAUAACUUUGGCUUUGAGAGAGUUAAUGGUGGUGAAGUUCGUUAUAUCCUUUUUGUGGAUGAAGCUAAUCAGAUUAACACAAAUACUUUUUCUAAAUCUCCUUCUUACUUAGUCUUCUUAAAAGAAUGUAUGGAAGGAGUAGAUAAAACCAAACAAAGCCAAAAUCUCUGGAUCUUUGCCACUAAUUACUUGAACGAAGUCGACAAAGCUGUUUACCGCCCUGCCUUACCCGAAAUAAAGCCUGAAAAUGCUACCGAACAACAGCCUGCCCAAGCUGAUGAUAAACUAGAAGACAUUGUAAGUGUAGUUAGAGAUACCAUUGAUAUGCGAAUAGACGAAACCAAUGAACUUUUACAGAAAGUUGGAAAUGCUAUCAACAAUAUGAGUAGUAGCCUACAACAAACAACCAGUUCAACCUUAGAAAUGGAAGUCCGAGAUUUACAGAGACAAGUAGCUGAUUUAAGAGCCCGAAUAGAUUAA